AUGGUCCGCGAUCCUGACAGCCCCGUUGUAGACCGUCUCCUCCAAGUUCUGACGCUGGAGGAGAAGGUCUCCCUUCUGGCAGGCCAGAAUAUGUGGGAGACCACAGCCAUUGAUCGCCUGGGAAUCCCGUCCUUGAAAAUGACUGACGGUCCAGCCGGACCCCGCGGCUCUAAAUGGAAUUAUGGCUCGCCGACGACUUUCAUCCCCUGCGGAAUCUCCCUAGCAGCGACCUGGGAUCCCGCGCUGGUAGAGAAAAUUGGCAGAGUGUUAGGCGAUGAAACCCGACGGAAAGGCUGCAGAACUCUCCUUGCCCCAACAAUGAACUUGUCGCGCUCGCCCCUCGGCGGCCGUAACUUCGAGGGUUAUGGAGAGGAUCCCUUCCUCGUCGGCACAAUUUCAACAGCUAUCAUUCGCGGUAUCCAAACUAGCGGAGUGGGCGCGUGUAUGAAACACUUUAUUCUCAACGACACCGAAACUCGGCGCUUCAACGUCGACCAGAAGAUCGAUGCACGAACCCUACGAGAAGUGUAUAUGAAGCCUUUCGCAAUGGCGUUGAAGGCGGAUCCUUGGACCGCAAUGGUCAGCUAUCCAUUGAUCAACGGAGUCCAUGCCGACGAAAGUCCUGCUAUCCUGCCACAGCUUCUACGUGAGGAGCUACAAUUCGAUCGCCUUGUAAUGAGCGAUUGGGGUGGAUGCAAUAGCACUGUGGAAAGUCUUAUUGCCACCACCGAUCUCGAGAUGCCCGGCCCCCCAGUCCGGCGUGGGGAGCGACUUCUAGCCGCGAUCCAUGAGGGCAGAAUCAACGAAGGCGCCCACGUUGACCCUAGCGCAAAGCGGGUGCUACAGCUUCUGGAAAAAGCAGGUCUACUACCUUCGUUAGCUGAAAUAGACGGGCAUCCUGUCCAGCAACACACCAGUCUCGAGCAACCUAAGAAUGACACCACAUUCCACCAAAUUGCCCGCCAGGCCGCUCAGGAGGGCCUUGUCCUCCUCAAGAACGAGAAGGUUCUUCCUCUCCAACCGUCGUCCUUGAAAAGCAUCGCAAUUAUCGGCCCGAAUGCGCGCAGGCCAACAGCCGGUGGCUCGGGAAGCGCCGCUGUCAAUCCGUUCUAUCUCACAACACCGGAGGAUUGUCUUAAGACAGCCAUUACUUCCAGCAAUCCUGAUACACAAAUCAGAUAUGAGCAAGGAUUGCCUUUCACGAUUCGUCCGCCCUUAUUAGGAGAUCUCCUUUCUGUUCCAGACUUCUCCCAGCAAGGCCUCCAAGUCGACUUCUUUGCAGGACACUCGUUCGACGGAUCUGUGGUAUCAAGCACCCUAUGGCCAAACUCACUUGUCUACAUGAUGAAUGAUGGCGAUGUGCCCCCAAGUCUGAAAGGAAAAAGAUACUCUUACCGCGCCACGGGAGUCAUCAAACCUCGGGUUUCCGGAAAUUACACACUCAGCCUGGCCAACACAGGCAAGGCCAAAGUCUUCUUUGGGGAUGAGCUUUUGAUCGACAAUACGGAGUGGACGGAAGUAGCUACCAGUAAUGGCUUCCUCGGAUGUUCAAGCCCGGAUAAAACAGCCGUCAUUGAACUAAAAGCUGGCUGUUCCUACAAACUAUCUGUGGAAAAUAUUGUUACUUUACCACCAGUUCAAAGUCUCGACAAUUCGCUCUUCCCUAACGUGUCAGGCCUCCGCCUGGGCCUUGCUCUUCAUGAAAACGAGGAGGACAUGUUCAACCGAGCCGUAGAGGCCGCAGGCAGCUCUGAUGUGGCCGUCGUCGUGGUCGGUCAUAACAAAGACUCUGAGGGAGAGGGAGGUGACCGAGCGAGCUUGGACUUGCCGGGCCGCACGAAUGAUCUCGUUAGUGCUAUCUGUGCUGCGAACUCAAAUACCGCCAUUGUCGUGCAGUCCGCUAGCGCAAUUAGCAUGCCAUGGGUUGAGCAGGCACGCGCUAUCGUGCUCGGGUGGUACCAGGGGCAAGAAAACGGCAAUGCUUUAGCGGAUGCACUACUCGGUAAAUGCAACUUCUCCGGCAAGACUCCUAUCACAUUUCCUCGCCAGCUAUCCGACCACGGAUCAAGCAAAUGGCAUCCCGCAGAGGCAGCACAGGACCGCUCCAUCAUUGGCGAGAAAGUCCUUAUCGGUUACAGAUCAUUUGAGGAGCGGGAGGUCGCUCCUUUAUGGCCCUUCGGAUUUGGGCUCUCAUACACAUCUUUCAGCUUAUCUGAAAUUCGUCUUGAGGGCCAGAUGACGACAUCUGCGGACUCCAUGAUUGUCGUCAAUGCUUGCUUAUCGAAUGACGGUGAGCAUGAUGGCCAUGAGGUGGUGCAAGUCUAUAUCUCGCCUUCGAGCCAGAUUCGAGCGAAGGGGCUGAGUAGUUACCCGAAGUCUCUUGCGGGCUUCAGUAAGACUUGGGUGCCAGCUGGAAAAACCCGUGAUGUGCAUAUCAAUGUUCGCAGUGAGGAACUGAGAUGGUAUGAUGAAGAAGUAGGCAACUGGAGGGUGGAUGCGGGUACCUACAGCUGCUUUGUUGGAACCAGCGUCGCUUGUAUUGAUAAGACACUGUCAUUUGAAGUAAUUUAG